AUGUCGUCGAAUCCUGGGCAGACUCCAACUUCGUCCAAAACGGUAAACAUCCCAAACCAGUCUGUCUCCGCGACGUUUCACUCGACUCCGGCAGUCGAUAGUGGUCAUCAAAGACGAGCUGGGGGUUCUGGCAGUUUCGGAGCGGGAUUGGCAUUGAGAAACCCGAGUUAUCCCAGGAAUAACCAGGCUCGUAAGAGCCAAUACAAGCGACAGAGGCCUCCCCGGUUGCUGGAUGAUGACGAGUAUAACGAAAACGCCGUCAUGAGGUCGACAACUAGCCGUAAAGGACAGACGUCCAUCACGCAUUUGAUGAACUUUUCGCUACCUCCACGGCCUCAAUACCAGCCACCACCACGCAACAGCCGGCGUUAUGCAUCAUGGGGCCUUGGAUCCGGAUACCAUGCUAUGGACAAGGCUCGCUAUGUCCACGCGAAUUAUCGAUUUAUCGUGCAUCCUGGUCGGAAUUAUCACGCCCAAGCGGCUAAUGCCGAUGUGCAUUUGGAUUGGGACUCGGUCUUACAGGUUCUGGUCUCGGCGCAAACCCAGUCCGCAAGCUGUCCAAUCUGUCUAUCUACUCCAGUGGCGCCUCGGAUGGCUCGUUGCGGGCAUAUAUUUUGCCUGCCUUGCUUGAUUCGCUACAUGCACUCGACUGACGAUGACAAUUCCGUUCCGGAGAAGAAGGCACGCUGGAAGAAGUGCCCAAUUUGUUGGGACUCGAUUUAUAUCUCUGAGACCCGACCUGUACGGUGGUUUCGUGGUCAGGAGGGAGAUAUUCCCGUCGAAGGUGGUGACGUGGUGCUAAGACUAGUGAAGCGGGAGCCAGGCAGCACUCUAGCACUGCCGCGAGAUGGCGCCGAGAGCCUCAAAUCCGGCGAGGAUGUUCCGUGGUACCAUGUGGCGGAGGUUCCCGAUUACGCUCGAAUCAUGAAAGGCGGCGAGGACUACAUGAACUCUCAGUACGACGCAGAGGUGGAUGAUCUUCAAAGACAGCAGGUCGAAGAUGAACUUCUCUUCGGCGACGAUACCACUUGGACUCGGAGAGCAAUUGCCGCCAUAAAUGAUGCUAAAGCGAAGAUCCAAGGAAUCGGAAAUCCUCCUGAGGUGGCGCGGCCACCUUCUGCGCUUAGAUCCGCCGAAGAGCAUGGUUCAGUGCAACCAGCAUCGAAAGACGCUCUUCUGGAGGGAUUACAGCACACCAAUGAACAGGAGAUGGGGAUGCCAGGUAUCUCGGUACUAUCCUCAAGUACACCUACGGACCUCACUGUUGCUCCGAAUCCAAUGAUAGAGAUGGAUCAUGUCUCUGAUACCAUGGCUAAAGUGAAGUUGAAUUCAAUUCCGGAGGGGAAGUCCAAACAAAAAGAUCCCGGAACUGGCCGAGCCUCGCUCACAGGUGACCGAGGCCGAGAAACGAAUGGAUCUCGACUUUCAGAACAUCCAUUCUACUUCUAUCAAGCACUGCCCCAAUUCUAUCUCUCCUCACUGGACAUUCGAAUUUUGAAGGCUGCUUUUGGUGAAUAUGCCACGUUCCCAGCGACCAUUCUGCCCCGUGUCGAGCGUAUCUCGACAGGUCAUAUUGUUGACGAUGAGCUUCGUAAGCGCGUCAAGUACCUGGGACAUCUCCCGCAGGGAUGCGAGGUUAACUUUCUCGAAUGCGACUGGAGAGAUGUGGUAGUGUCGGAAGUUCUAGAGCAAUUUAGUUCUGAAAUUGGCAAACGACGGAAGCGAAACCGAGAGAAGGAAGCACGCGAGGAGAAGGACAGACUUCGAGCCGAGAAAGAUGAGGAAGAGAAACGCUGGGCGGCGGCGCGCCGCAGAAGGUCCAGCGCUGGCGUUACCGAUCCACCUUUUUCAGUUGGGGACUUCCAACCUUUGUCUAAUGAUCCUACGCCUGCCGGUUUCCCGCCCUUUGAGGCUAGCUCUUCGUCUACAUCACCUCCAGGGCCAUCUUCGCAGUUUGCCGCAGCGGGGUCACCGUCAACCUCACCUCCUGGAACUCGUACUGUAUGGGGAACAGCUGUCGUGCCGUCCCUCUCUGAGCCUUCGGGUUUGCCGUCGGGUCUGCCUCGCAGUGACGGCUGGCGCCAGGAUUGGGAAGACGAAUUGUUCGCUCAUCAGGAAAGAGAGCUAUUGGCGCAAACAGCCCUCGAAGGAAGCCAGCCUUCUUCCUCCGGCGGUGGACGCAAGAAGAAGAACAAGAAGAUUACACUCAUGUCGACCAAUAUCCAACGAGGAGCCUGA